CGUGUUUCUUCUGGUUGAAACCGAUGGCAAAAAAAGGCGCAGAAACGGCCAUAACAUUAACAUAAAAGUUCUCACUUCUCAGAUUUGAUUUACUUCAUGGAGCCCAAUCAUUGUUUACCUUGUUUUUCAUGUUUUACACAACCCACUUCACCAAAUCUUUCACCAUUGUUGCAAAAUCACAGUGAUAUUCUGAAGAAUAUUCCAUUCCGUCGCUGACUUGUUUGCAGGUACCUAUCUCCUUUUUUUCUCACCCAUCAAAAUUUAAUCUUGGCCAAAAAAGAAAAGAAAUUGUGUUAUGGUGUAGAAUUACUCUUUUAGCUGCAAAAUUGGGUUGAAUUUUGGUGACAAGUCUCAUUUUUGCACACUUUGGGAAUCAUUAUAUGAUUCAUAAUUUCAUAUCACAUAAUAGAUCAAUAACCCUUCUUUUUUGGUAAUCUUUCUAGUAGAUUCCACUUUUUCAGCUUGCUUAUUCUGUUGGAUUUGUAAUAUCUUUCUUUACAUACCUAGUUAGUGGAUUCUCCCUUAAAAUUCUUGUAAAUUGCACCUUUUUAAGCUUUGAGCUUGCUUAUUUAGUUUGAUUUGUAAACUUUUUCCCUAAUCCCAUAUUGUUGGUGUCUUCUUUUGGGUACUUUUAGUUCUAUAAUCUUUAUUCCUAAGCUCAAAGUUGAGUUAUCCUACUUGCUUAUGAAACCCAUGUGUCCAAAAACCCAACUUGGAUUUGUACAAGAUUCUGGAUGCUUCAAUUAUUGUCCAAUUUCCUAAUCAAAACCAUCUCAAUUUUUGAUCUAUGCUAACUCCCUUAUACCAUAGAGGGCAAUGUCGAUCCUAUGUGGGUUGCCUCUAAUUGAAUGUGUAUACUGCCUAGCCUGCACUCGUUGGGCGUGGAAGCGGUGUCUUCACACUGCUGGUCAUGAUAGUGAGGAUUGGGGGCUUGCUACUGCUGAAGAAUUUGAGCCUGUACCUCGAUUGUGUCGGUACAUUCUUUCUGUUUAUGAAGAUGAUCUGAGAAACCCUCUAUUUGCACCUCCCGGAGGUUAUGGGAUUGACCCGGAUUGUUUGGUGACUAAAAGGACAUACAAAGAUACACAGAAACAUGCCCCUCCAUAUAUAGUGUAUGUUGAUCAUGCUCAUGCUGAUAUAGUUCUUGCCUUCAGGGGAUUAAAUUUGGCUAAGGAGAGUGAUUAUAAAGUUCUUUUGGAUAAUAAGUUGGGCAAGAAGAAAUUUGACGGAGGUUAUGUUCAUAAUGGUCUAUUUAGGGCGGCUGUUUGGGUAUUGGAGAAAGAAGGUGAUUUGUUGAGGGAGUUGCUAGAAAAACAUCCAGAUUAUACAUUAACAUUUGCUGGUCACUCCCUUGGGUCGGGUGUUGCAGCACUUUUAACGAUGGUGGCUGUGCACAAUCGAGAAAAAUUGGGAAACAUUGACAGAAAAAAGAUUAGAGGCUAUGCAAUUGCACCUGCUAGGAGCGUUUCAUUAAAUCUUGCUGUGAGAUAUGCAGAUGUCAUCAACUCUGUUGUACUUCAGGAUGACUUUUUGCCGAGGACAGCAACUCCCCUUGAAGACAUAUUUAAGUCUCUUUUCUGUUUACCAUGCUUACUAUGCCUAAGGUGCAUGAGAGAUACUUGCAUAUCAGAGGAAAGGAUGCUCAAAGAUCCAAGGCGUUUGUAUGCACCUGGUCGUCUGUAUCACAUUGUUGAGAGAAAAAAAUUCAGGUGUGGAAGGUUCCCUCCGGUUGUUAGAACAGCAGUUCCUGUAGAUGGAAGGUUUGAGCACAUUGUUCUUUCUUGUAAUGCGACUUCUGAUCACGCUAUUAUCUGGAUAGAGAAGGAAGCGAAAAGGGCCUUGGAGCUGAUGCAUGAGAAUGAUGACGCAAUGGAGAUUCCAGUAAAGCAAAAGAUGGAGAGGCAGGAGACUUUAGUCAGGGAACAUAAUCAGGAACACAAAGCAGCGCUACAGAGAGCUGUCACAUUAUCUGUGCCUCAUGCAUUUGUUCCUUCUCAAUAUGGUACUUUUGGCGAUUCUGAUGACGAAAGUGAGCAUUCAGAUGGGUCUUUCCAAAUAACGUCUUCCGGGGAAUCAUCUAAUAGAAACAACAAGAAGGAAAGCUGGGAUGAACUGGUAGCACGUCUUUUUGACAAGGAUGGAGCUGGUCAUCUCAUUCCCAAAAAAGGCUCCUAGUGUAUAAAACUUUCAUGUGUAUGUUUUGUGGUAUGAGUUAGGGACCGGAGCCAAACUUUUGGUUGGACUGGACCUUUUUUGAAGGGUUUGGGUCUAAAUUUUUUGACCCCCAUUGGAUUCAGAGCUGAGUUGAGUUUAGGUGUAUGAAAUUGGGGGGGGGGGGGGGUUCAUCGCGGGUCAAUGUAAUCAAACUCGUACUCGACCUGGAUCCAACCACUGACCAUAUUGGUUUUACUAUCAUGUGUAUUUUGUAGUAUGAAUUAUUCUUUCUAUUCUUUACCAUUUGUUUUCCCCAUUUUUCCUGAACAUGAAUUUUCUCCUACUUUAAGCUUGUUUAAAGUCUUAGAUCUUUGUAGAUA